ACUGCGUAGGAUAUCGUGAUAUAAUAUUUUGCUAGAGCAGUAUUCGUUUGUACUAAACUCUAAUGAUGCGUCAAUAAAAUACAAUUUUUGCUGCAGUUUCUGCAGCUUGUAGUAUCUAAAAUCUUUUUACACAGAAAAUGGUUUGCUAUCGCCUGUGGAGAUUUUUAUCCGAUGUACGGGUAUUACAGAUCGUUUUAAUGGUUUUGCUUCUGAUUAUUGCCAGCCUGGUCUAUGUCAUGCUAUUUCGAGAAACGGUUGAACGCAGCACCCCUCAUGACAGCGUUUUCGGUGCAGUACGAUCGCCCAAUGGAACUGCCAGGGAAGCCCAGCAAAGAGCAGCAGACGACGGACAGACGAAUCCUGAACCCGCCCCACCGACCGCUCUCACAUGGAGCAAAUACGAGAUCUCGCGGACCGCCAGAUACUCUAUUCCUUACUUAAAUUACCGGAUCCUGAUCUAUGAGAAAGAACAAACCGCCACAGCCAACAGCACUCCGGAAGCGGGCGUCUAUUACUACGCCCCCUACUUUUGAUUAAUGCCAGCAGCACAAAUCUCUCCUUCAACCAUUUUGAGCAGCGCUUCACUGUGGAGUUCUCCGCGAUCAUGUACAACCAAAAGUUCCUUGAUCACAUUAAGCAGGAAAUGACGAAGCUUACGGAGAACCCUGUGAUGAAACUGCGCAUCAUGCCCAUCGAGAGCAUCCGUUUAUCCAUCGAGAAUCCCGAGUGGGAUGCUGACUAUGAAGUGGAGAACUCAUGGCGUCCGUACUCCAACCAAGCGGAUACCGUGAUUUUUCGUGUGUAUUGCGCGACUGGAUGGAAAUGUCAGCGGCUAAAAGGCGGCCUAGUUAACGGGACAGUGAAUUUAUUAAGCGACGCGGAAGUGUACUACACGUUGGAGUCGCAGCGCUCAUCGGCCCGCCGCAUUACGCUGACCGCGGAGCACGUGCAAACCGGGAAGCUUUUCACAGAACUGCAGCAGAAAUUCCAGGGAACCGAUGUGUAUUUAAGUGGCGAGGACGCCAAGCAGCUGCAGCAGGAGAUCGCCAGUAAUGUGAUGGCUGCGGAAAUUGCCGAUGCGGAGUUCAUCGGCGGCGAUCAGUCGCCGACACUCAUGCACUUUAUCGGCGAAGCGCUCAAACUCCAGGAGACCACGUCGGCGUCGUUCACGCCCAAGAUGUGGGAAUCGGUAUACUGGAAGGAAGAAAAUGCCCGUCCGGAUAAAAUCACUCGCGAAUACCAGGACUCAUUCGACAAGCAGGACCAGGAGACCCAGCACCGCAUCAUGGAUUACUUUAAGAAACAGGAGAGCGAGAAGAAAUGCGGAAACGCCAAUUUUGGUAUCGAGGGGGCCGGUGGCGUGGAAGUGUCGGCCUGCACGAAUAAAGGCAGUUCCAACUCGCAGCGCGAUGAGAUGGAGAAUUAUCUGCGCAACAUCAACGAAGGCAGAAAGGUCACCGAGAUGAAAGGUACCCGGUUUAUCCCGAAGGAGUUGGCGCUCAAGCGGACCAACUUGGCAGCGUUGAAGCAGACGACGAAUUUUGGAUCUUUAUCGAUCAGGAUCUCCAAGAUCAUCGGCGUUAUGAAGACACGAUUCAAUUACGCAGGCAGUUUAACGGAAACCGCUGACGCAAAUAACCCAUCAGACGGGAGCUUAACCAUUCACAAGAAACAGCCAUCGGAUAUCCGGGAAGCCUUUCAUGUGCGGGCAACGCACACUGUGGUGACCUUUACCAAACCCCAAGCCAGUGGCAUCUGCCGAGACGUCUUCAGAUGUGAACUGGCGACACUGGCCCACAUGCGCGACGCUUGGUCGCACGGAGCCGACUGGUGUGUGGUUGGCCAUGUCGCAGAGGAGCAGACUCUAGCGUACCCCGCGAAUACCUGUAUGGGCGGCCGCGCCGAUGCUACGUACAGAGCGGAUGUGUGCUAUAAGGAUACCGCUGAAAUUCUUUCGUACGUCGGUGUUGAAACUGGGCAGUGGUAUAAUGAAGCCCAAUCGGGCUUAAACUGUUACGGAAUAAGGCCGUUGGGCCGCGAGAUAAAGUAUUACGAUGGGCAUGAACUGCUGGUGUUGCCGUUUAACAAAACUAGUUUCGGGCAAUAUCAGGAUACAAUAAAGUAGGCCAAAACA